AUGGCUAACUUCUCCUCGCACCCCGAGCCCAACGCGUCCUGCGCGCCCUGCGCGGGCAGAGGGGCCCCGUGGCCCAACGCCUCCGCCCCACAGCUGCUCCCCGACUUCUACCUGGCCGUGCCCAUCAUCUACUCCCUCAUCUGCGCCGUGGGGCUGACGGGCAACACCGCCGUCAUCUACGUGAUCCUGCGGGCCCCCAAGAUGAAGACGGUCACCAACCUCUUCAUCCUCAACCUGGCCGUGGCCGACGAGCUCUUCACCCUGGUGCUGCCCAUCAACAUCGCCGACCACCUGCUGCGGCAGUGGCCCUUCGGCGAGUUCAUGUGCAAGCUGAUCAUCUCCAUCGACCAGUACAACACCUUCUCCAGCAUCUACUUCCUCACCGUCAUGAGCAUCGACCGCUACCUGGUGGUGGUGGCCACGCUCCGGUCCAGGAAGGUGUCCUACCGCACCUACCGCGCAGCCAGGCUGGCCAGCCUGGCCGUCUGGGCCCUGGUCUCCAUCGUCAUCUCACCCUUCGCUGUGUUCGCCAAGCUCCACCGGGAGCAGGGUCGCUCCCAGUGCGUCUUCGUCUUCCCCAGCCCCGAGAGCUUCUGGUGGAAAGUCAGCCGCCUCUACACCCUCCUGCUGGGCUUCGCCAUCCCGGUCUCCACCAUCUGCGUCCUCUACACCGCCCUGCUGGCCAAGCUGAGACGCGUGCGCCUCCACAGCAACGCCAAAGCCCUGGACAAAGCCAAAAAGAAAGUGACGCUGAUGGUGCUGGUCAUCCUGGCCGCGUGCCUCUUCUGCUGGACCCCCUACCACCUCAGCACGGUGGUGGCCCUCACCACGGACCUCCCGCAGACCCCCCUGAUCAUCGGCAUCUCCUAUUGCAUCACCAGCCUCAGCUACGCCAACAGCUGCCUCAACCCGUUCUUGUAUGCCUUCUUGGACAAUAAUUUCCGGAAGAGCUUUCGCAAGCUGGUUGAAUGCAGGGCGUCCUCCUAG